AUGGAAUCAGAUGUGGAAAAAUCUCAGACUUUCAAUAGCACAAGAAGUCCAUCCUAUCGAAAUGAUCUGCAAGGGAUUAGAGCGAUUGCUAUUAUUUCCGUACUAUUGUUUCAUUACUAUCCCUCGUUGUUUCCAAAUGGAUAUGUUGGUGUUGAUCAGUUCUUCGUACUGUCCGGAUAUCUAAUGUCAAUGAUGACCGAACAAGAGAAGAAAUUUGGUAUCAUAGAAAUAGCUUAUUUUUAUUAUCGACGAGCAAAACGAAUUCUGCCCUCCUACCUUCUGAUGAUCAUACUUUCGCUAACGUGUUCACGAUUUCUAUUUUUCGAAAAUAUACAACUUUCUAACAAGGAGUCUGCUAAAUACGCAUUGUUAUUGACUACGAAUAUCCAAGCGGCUGACAGCGUUAAGAACUACGAAACAAUGCUGUCAAAGGCAACAGAUCUCUUCACCCAUACGUGGUCGAUAGCAGUCGAAAUGCAGUUCUACGCUGUCUUUCCUGCAAUAAUGGUCAUAUUCAAGGUGUUACCUGUGUGGAUCGCCAUGGUUGGUUUGAAGUUGUUAGAUAGCAAUUUUCCUGACUGUACUGCACCUAGGCAUAACCCUCCAGUCCCAAUUUUCACUGGCCAGACCUACCGUGCCAACAGUUUGGUUCAUGCGCAAAUGUUAUCAUCGGGUCAAAGCGAUCUAAAGCUUGGUUCGCUAUCCCUAUCAUGUCAUGUUAUGUUGCCUCACACAGUAGCAUUUAACUUCGUUCAUGCAAGAGUUUGGCAAUUCAUACUCGAGUUUGAGAGUCCAAAAUCACCGUAUGUCACUCAUCUUAUGGAUUUUUUGCGAGCCUAUUCGCCUGAAACAGCAGAUGAAGUAGUUAGCUGUUCUGUCAGCUUGGAUUUCGUAGCACGUCAGUAUUGGUCAAAGGGACGAAGCCUCCCGCAGCCGAGUAACUUGGGGCUCAGUUGCGGUCUCAUUCUUUCUAUUCUUGUGGCAGUGCUGCUCACAGAGACAUUUGAAAAAAUAUGCAUGCAGGCUGAUGUCAGGGUUGUUCUCUGUAUCAUUGUUUCUCUGUAUGCUACUAAUCUACUAAUGAUCGACAAACAGAAAAAAGGCGAGCUUCUUGGAGGGCAAUUAAAAUGGGCCGAAGACCUUUUUACACCAGUAUGUUCAUCAGAAGAUAUGCGCACGAAUUGCGACAUUCCUUUCACUACGACAAAAUUAAGGCUAGCACAGGUAUUGCGCUUAAACAAUUUCUUUACUUUGUGGGAUGGGCAACUUCUUUCGUAUAAAGAGUGCUCCUAUCGCAGAGGAUGGCAAAUACCGUGGGGUUAUUGCGAUCUCCCUUCUAAGAGUAAAACUCCUGUGCGUAAAAUUAUGGUUAUUGGGAAUUGCUAUGCAGCAAAUCAAGGAGGAAUAGUUUACGAAAUGUGUCAUAGUUCUGAUGUUGAUGUACAAGUAUUCUCAAUGGCAGGUGAAAUGCUCAUAAAGUGGAAAAUAAUGCUACAAGAGAUGCACGCUAAAGUCUGGAUCAAUACUCACCCUGCGGCUGGUCAUUUUCGGAAUAGACGCGAAUGGGAAGAUGAGACAUGA